AUGAAGCUGGACACCCCGUACAAUCCGCUGCUGACUGCGCCGGCUGACCUGAACCACGCACCUGGGUUCCUGCAGAGGACCCUGGCAGGGGCCUUGCCCACACCGUCCCAAAACAGUCCGCAGGGUGGGCUGCUGCCAAUAUCACCUGUCGCUGUGAUUCAUGGUCGACGUGUCGUACAAACACCUGUUGGGACGCCUUCGCCAUCGGGAGCUUGCAAAAUAGCACAGGCCGGAACUGCCGCGACGACAGCCUUCACUGCUUGUGUGAUGGCUGCACCUUCGCCCACAAGAGCGCUGGCAAUUCCGCGAACGUGCAUUCCGAACGAGGACCUUCCAGCCUCCCAACAGGCCGAGCAGAUGGAUGACGACGAGGAUGAUGAUUCCGAUGACCAGAUCGUCCCAGUGCACCUCCGCAAUCCUGAGGACGCACCGAAAGCUCCUGUUGGAGCUCUCCAUCCAUCCUUGGGCUCCGAGGGCCAUGACGAGGGCGGCUGCAAGAGGUGCUGCUUCUUCCCCCGUGGGCGCUGUACAAACGGGUACAACUGUGAGUUCUGUCACUACGAGCAUGAAAAGAGGAAGCGGAAGAACAAGAAGAAGAUCAAGAAAAAGGACGGCACGCCAAUGGCUGGAGCCAUGUUCCAUCCCCUGGAUAUGAGGCCCCAGCAGAUGCCAGUUGCGCAGGUUCCUCCAGCACCGCUCGUUCUAUCGCAAGCUCUGCCAAUGCAGGCAUGCGUGCAAUCCUACACCGGCUACCCUCCUGAUGCGGACAGGCCUGUGAAACCACUUCUCAGCGUACAACCUGUCCAAACAUAUCCCGGGCCACCAGCCGAGCAGGCCGUUCCUGGCCAGCACAUCAUCUAUGGGCCCACAGUUGGCGCGACAGAUGGACCGGUACAGGCCGUCCCCACCAUUGUCAUGACGUCACAGCCAAGCCAGCAGAUGCCGGCACAGCCGGUGGUGGCACAGCAGCACCUGCCUCCGCCCCAGCCAAUGCCCCAUACCAUGGUGCCCCCACCACCUCUGCCCCACGCGGUACCCUCAAUGCCACAGACGAUGCCCCAGACGAUGCCCCACACCAUGGCCCAAACAAUGCCGGCACAGCAGCUGCCGCCUGUGGGCACACUGCCACCCCACGUGCAACAACACAUGCCUGCACAUGCAACUGCACCUGCGGCCUUCUCCCCAUAUCAGUAUCCGCCUUACCAGCCGCCACCGCAUUAUCAGGCUUACGGCAACGUGCUGGACCCGACUCCGCCGCCACCAAUGCAGUCGCCAAAGCUCGGGCAGGCCGGGUUCCAGGCAUUCAUGAUGCCUCCUCCCACGGGCUCGCCAAGGCUGCCUAUGGACAUGACACCCAUGUUGGGUAUGCAAGCGGCUGCAUAA